AUGGGACCUACUAGGUGCGAUGGCGCCCCCAUGAGCGCUCCUAGGGGCGGUGGCGGCCCUAAGGGCCCUCCCAUAGGCAGAGGCGCCCUUGAGUGCCCGCCCAAGAGCAGCUGGGGCCCUGCCCUGGGCAGCUUGCCCCUACGGGACCUACCAAGGUGUGGCAGCGCCCUCACGAACCCUCCCAAUGGCGGUGGCGCGCUUAGUGGCCUUCCCAGGAACGGCAGAGCCCCCAAGGGCCCUACCAGAGGCGACCCUCCUGGGAGCUCUAUAGCUUGCUUGUCCCCACGGGACCUACCAGGUGGCAGCGCCCAUGAACUCCCAAGGGCGCAGGCGCCCUCGUGGCCCUCACAGAACGGCAGAGUCCCCAAGGGCCCUACCAGAGGCGACCCUCCUGGGAGCUCUAUAGCUUGGAGACCUGCUAGGUGCUGGUGCGCCACCAAUGGACCUCACAGGUGUGGGGGCGCCCUCAGGGGCCCUCCCAGGGCAGUCGGCACCCCCAAGGACUUUCCCAGUUCCGGCGGCAUCCCUAGGUGCCUUCUAAGGGGCGUCAGCGCCCUCAAGGGCCCUCCCAGGAGUGGUGGUGCCUCCAGGAAAAUUCCCUGGGGUGGUGUCGAACAAAAACGCCCUCCCAAGGGCAUUGGUGGCCACAGAGGCCCUCUGCGGGGUAUCUGCUACCACAGCUGCCCUUUUAGGGAUGAUGGCAUCCCAGGGGUUCUUACAAGUGAAAUGGCGCCUCCAUGGGCCCUCCCAGAUACGUGGUUCCGUUUAUGGACAAUCAUCGGGGCGGCGACGUCCCUAGGAGGCCCUCCCAAGGCCGGCGGCGCCCCCAGAGGUCCUCCAUAA